GACGAUCUUUGGUUCCCGUCACCGUUGCCUCGCUGUCUCGUUCUGAAAGCUCCAGCCUCUCCCCUCCAUCCUCAGCUGCUGAAGCCGCCGCCGGUGAGGGGAACCCGGAUCUGGGACUCUGGACAGUCUCCGGUGAUCCUCACACACAACAUCCGAACCGUGGAGCAGGAAAUAUCUUUUCUUUUUCAUUUUUCCGUGUUCGUGUCGGUUUGUAACGGGGGAGGCGGACUACUGCAGCGGGGGAGAUGCUGUCAUGCAGAGACGUCAUUGAUUUAAAAGGCAACAAAAAACACAGCAGUGACAUUAACAGGGGAUCGGUCUUUUUUUAUCACCGAGGGACAGGAAUCAAACCCGGAUCGAUGUGACAGUAGCCUGCAUGUCUGCAGAGAAACACCGAGGAAGUGAAAAUGUAACCCAUGACAGAGACUCACCCACAUCCGUUCCGCCUGGAAGUCUUCUUCACUGAAUCAACGCUGUCAGCAUGGUCCCACGAGAUUUGGGGGGGGGGGGGUUGAAUCCGAAAAACUAGACGGAUGCUCCGAACAGUCUUUAUGAAUAAUCCAAAUUAUUUAGGCAGAGAAUCAGUUGUUAGAAACAGUAAACAAUCUCUCAGUAUAAGGUCUAUUUAGUAGCUGCGCUGGAGCUUUUAAUCACAUCCCACGAUCUUCCUCAACAGAUGGAGAUUUUUUGAGUCAGAAAAAAAUGGGAUGCUCCCAACUGUUUUGGGAUUGAUUUAAAUUUCUUCAUGCAGAGAAUCAAUUUAUUCUAAAAUCUCACUUUCUGCAAAAAAAAAAAACGAAUGAUAGGCAAGUUUGAGAUUGAAAGUUCAGUCUUGACCUGGAAAAAAGUAGCCUAAUCGCUCACCAGAAGGUCUAUUUAGUAGCUGUGCUGGAGCUUUUAAUCACAUCCCAUGAUCUUCCUCAGCAGAUGAGGACAGCAGUUCAAGUUUAAUACUUGACACUGGAACAGGAAGGACGGAGGCUGAAUAGGGUCAAAAACGCAUCAAAGCGACAAAAGGAAUUGACUUGCCUUUAAAGCGCUGCUAUAAUAUAUUAUAUUACCCGUCAGUUCACUGCUACAUGCUGUUGUGAUGCUGGACGUGGUGAAGAUGAAGGAGGUGUGCAGGAUCUGCGCCCGCGAGCUCUGCGGCAACCAGCGGCGCUGGAUUUUCCACCCGGCGUCCAAGCUCAACCUGCAGGUGCUGCUGUCCCACGCUCUGGGCCACGAGCUGAACCGGGACGGCCGCGGGGAGUUCGCCUGCUCCAAGUGCGCCUUCAUGCUGGACCGCAUGUACCGCUUCGACACGGUCAUCGCCCGCGUGGAGGCUCUGUCUCUGGAGCGCCUCCACAAGCUGCUGCUGGAGAAGGACCGGCUGAGGCAGUGUAUCGGAGGCCUUUACCGGAAGAACAACGCCGAGGAUGGGAACGCGGCUCCGCCAGGGGCCGUCGUGGCGGUCGUUGGGACCGACGUGGCGGUCGUUGGGACCGACGUGGCGUCCGAAGACUCUCCUGUGGUGGAUCUGUCGGCCCUGCAGGAUGGACGGUACUCAGUUAUGAUCCAGGAUGAUCUGACUUACUCUGAGUAUGAAUCCUGGGCUGAUAAGGAGGACGCCACGCCGGACCCCCACACGCAUCACCACCUCCAGUGCCCAGCGGCAGACUCUGUCUCUGGCCAGAAGCCGAGGCGGUGCAGGGGUUGUGCGGCGCUCCGUGUUGCCGAUUCGGACUACGAGGCCGUGUGUAAGGUUCCUCGCAGGGUCGGGCGCAGGAGCACAUCCUGCGGCCCGUCCACACGCUACUCAACAGCCACUCCGGGGGUCGAGGAACCGGCCACAGCCUCCGGAGAGUCUGAGGCAACGGCAGUCGCCUUUGAGUCCACUGAUCAGACCGCGUGUGACCGGACGAGUCCCAGCCCGGCAUCGUCCGUAGAAUCUCUGGACACUGCCGUGGACGUGAGCUGCCUUCCUGUGAACCAGAAAGACAAGGAAGAACCUGAAGCAGAGAAAGAUCCACAGGAGGCUCCAGCGAGAAGGGACAUUACAUGGGACAAAGACCCAAGGGAGAGCUCCGUCUCUGGGCUUGAGAUGACGCUGAGCCUCCUGAGGGGCUGGGAGUACCGGCCGGUGAAGCCUCAGAGAGGCAGCAAGCUCCCAGUUCUGGUCAAAGCCAAGCUGGAGCAAGGCCUGUCGCUGUCCCUGUCCGUCCCCCCCCUGAGGUCCCCCUGUGGAGGGGCAGCGGAUUGUGAGCUGUACCAGCACCAGCCUGUCCCGGAGGUGGUGACCCCGUGUCCGCAGCAGGAUCUGCAGGCGGAGCUGGCCGAGAUGGAGGAGCAGUGGCUGGAUGAUUAUGUUCAGUGCGGGCCGUUCCGCUUUCAGCAGAGGCUGAUUGCUGAGCAGCAGGGUCAGCUCAGCCAGUAUGAGAGCGCUGCGGGUCAGUGUGUCGGCGAGCUGCAGAAGGCCCAGGACCAGGUCUGCUCGCUCCAGGCCAAGAUCAGAGAGAGCGAGACCAGGAACCAGAAGCUGCAGGAGCAUCUGAUUGAGAUGGAGUUGGAGCUGCGUUCGGCCCGAGAGGAAGCCCAGCGACAGGAGAGAAGCAUCCAGAAUAUAACGGACACUGCUAACUCCAAGGAGGCCGAGGCUGCGGAGCUGUAUCGAGUGAUUGAGGAACAGAAUAAGAUGCUGUGUUCUCUCAAAGAGCUCACCCAGCGCAGCCAGCUGCAGCAGCUGCAGGUGUCGGGUGCAGACAGUGCUCGGGGUCAGGGUGAGGUCCUGGCUCUGCAGGCCUCUCUCUUCCAGGCUCAGCUCGAGCUGCAGGCGGUUCAGCGGGCGCAGCGGCAGGCCGCCAGGACGCAGGAGGACCUGAGCCGAGCCCUGCAGCGGCUAGAGGAAGACCUGCAGGGGGCGCUGCAGCACCGGAGGGACACGGAGAGACACAACCAGGAUCUGCAGCUGGCUCUGCAGAAGGCUCGAUCGGCUCUGCGGGAGAGGGAGGAGCAGCUGAGAGAAGGCGACGGCGAGCGCCAGAGGCAGGACGCGGAGAGAGAGAAGACGGUCAGAGAGCUGAGGGCGGCCCUGCAGACCAAAGAGCAGCUGAUGGAGGACUACUGUCAGCUGCUGGAGGAUCCGAAGAAGGAGAGAGACUCUCUGCUUCAGAAACUCCGCCAGCGAAUCAAGGAGAGAGACCGAGCUCUGGAGCGAGCGGUGGACGACAAGUUCCGCAGCGUGGAGGAGAAAGAGGAGGCAACUCGUCGGCUGCAGCUGCUGCUCAGAGAGCGGGAGAGAGACCUGGAGAGGCAGCGCUGCGUCCUCGCCAACAACGAGGAGACCAUCACUAGCCUGGAGGUGCUGCUGCGUGGGAAGGCUCUGGAGCUGGAGCAGGUGUGCGACGCCUGGAGGAGCGUCCAACGUCAGCAUCACGAGAGCGAACAGAGACAGAGCGGCGUCCUGAGAGAGAGAGACGCCAUCGUCAGCCAGCUGCAGGCAGCACUGCACGCUCGCACGCAGGAGGCCCAGGAGCUGCGCUGCUCCCUGCUGGCUCCGAUCCAAUCAGCUCCCAACGACGUUCUGGAGGAGCUGAAGGCCCGCCUCCAGCUCAAGGACUGCCUCUUCCAGGAAGUACUGGCCGACCGCACCCAGCAGGCCCAGCAGCACCACGAGCAGGUCCAGGAUCUGCUCAGAACCAUCAGCUCCAGGGACCAGUACAUCCAGGAGUCUGCGGGGUGGCUCAGUGAGGUGAUGGGCGAGCAGACGGGGAGGAUCCAGGAGCUCCGCAGACAGCUGAGCUCCGGCGUCGGGUCAGGGUCCGACUCUGGAGCGGACGCGGCUCUGGAGCUACAGGCCGUGCAGGAGGAGCUGCGUCUGGCUCUCAGGAGGGAGGCGGAGAGCCAGGAGCUGAGCAGGAGUCAGGCUGCCAGGGUGGACGCCCUCACCGCCACGCUGCACGUGAAGGACGAGAUCAUCCGGGACUUCCAGAGGCAGAUGGUGGAGCCCUCCAGUCUCCCGCUGGUUGAGCAGUUGACCCAGGAGGUUCAGGAGCUGAGGGAGAGCCUGUUCCAGCAGGACGGUCCCCCGGCCAGAGGCCCAGCCCUGGUCCGGGACCGGCCUAACGGCAGGCAGCCUGAGUUUGGAGAGCUAAGCUCAGAGGAUGAAGACGAGGCCGAUGAUGAUUUAAACAGCGAGUACACCGAGAGCGUCGAUGAUGACGAGUCCAAACUGAGGGUCCAGUCUCUGGCCAACACCAAGGGUUAUGGAGGCCCAGGAAAGGCUUCAUCCCAGGAUCAGUUGUUUGACAGGCAGGGACUGAUGGAGGUCAAACAGCUGGUGGAGCAGAAGAGGGCGGUGGAGAGAGAGCUGGGAGAGCUGAAGGCUCAGCUGGAGAAGGCCGGCUUCUCCUCACUCUCACAGAUGAGGAAAGCUCUGUUCAGCCUGCAAGCAGAGAACGGAGAUUUGAAGCAUCGGCUGGCUGAAGGGCUGCAGCCCGACGGUAAACACAGCGACGGACAGCAGGUGUUAGAUGACGAAGACAGGGAAGACGAGGAGGAAGAGUUGGAUGUGACCAUAGAAGGGGUGGAGGAGGAUGAAGAGGAAAUCUCUGAGAUGUGGGACCCCUGGGAUGGCGAGCUGUCUGUGUCUCUGUUGCAGACAGACAUCCAGCCCUGCGAUGAGCAGAGAGCCAACAGACCGGAGUCACUGCACCCACUCUCCGAAUCCUCUCAGGAUGUCGUGGACAGCGAGAGCUCAGCCGGUCCGCAGCAGGGCGCCGUGUCCUCGCUGAAAAGUGGGAAGACAGUCCGUCUGCAGCAGAAGAGCAAAGAGCUGCAGGAGAGGCUGAUGGUGUCUGAAGCCACGGUGCAGGCUCAGGCCGAGCAGCUCAAAGACUACAGGGAGCUGCUCACGGAGACAGCCGUGCAGCAGGACAGUAAGCAGAUCCAGGUGGACCUGCAGGACCUGGGCUACGAGACCUGCGGCCGCAGUGAGAACGAGGCCGAGAGGGAAGACACCAGCAGCCCAGAGUUUGACGACCUGGAGAUGUGCACCUCUCUGGACUGUGGUUCCCAGUGGUGGCCUGCCAACACCAGCAGCAGCUCCACCUUAACUAAAGGAACCCCCCAGGGCUCCGGUGACGGAGACGAGAUGUCCUCUCUCCAGCGCCUGGUGGAGGACCUUCGCUCCCAGCUGUCCCGCUCCCAGGCAGUGAUCCGCGGCCUCCAGAGCCGCCUGCGCUCCCUCUCCACCUCCAGCGACUACGCACCCUCCACCCCUCGCAAAGUCAACUGGUCCUUCCAGGCAUCGGAGGACGACGAGGGCUGGCAGUCGUCCGACGGGGGUCCUCUGGCGUCGCCCUGUCACCCCCACCCGGACAGGGGCCUGCAGGCGCUGGCGUCCCGUGUGGACGCACUGGAGGACCAGCUGAGGAAAGGAGGCAACAAGUCCGUCAGCAAGGACGUAAAGUCUGCCACCUGGCCGGGUAAAUUCGAUACUCUGAUCCAGGCUCAGGCCCGAGAGCUGUCCCACCUCCGCCAGCGGCUGAGGGAGGGUCGGGGCGUGUGCAACAUCCUCACGCAGCACCUGGGCGACACCACCAAGGCCUUCGAGGAGCUGCUGAGGGCCAACGACAUCGACUACUACAUGGGCCAGAGCUUCAGGGAGCAGCUGGCUCAGAGCGGCGCUCUGGCGCAGCGAGUCGGCGCAAAGAUCAGCGGACGAGAUCAUCCCGAAGAUCCAGAUGAGAAAACAGAGCUGCUCGCCAUCCGGCUCAGUAAGGAGCUGCAGCAGAAGGACAAGAUCAUCGAAUCUCUCCGCUCCAAACUAAACCAGCAGCACCACCACCAUCAUCCUCAUCACCACCGCUCUGACACGCCCUGCAGCAGCCACACCCUCUCCGACACCACCGACCAAUCGGAUCGCAUCUCCUAUGUGUCUGACGAGCACGGAUCCACCAACGGGGAGCUGGAUCUUUGCUCCGACGUGGACGCUGCCAGCGAGCUCGGUCAGAAGGACACACGGUCUUCCACCAGAGUCAACACAGGCAGCCACUCUCACAGUGUGAGCACCAUGUCACGUCAUCCAUCUGUCCCUCCAUCCAUCACCUCAUCCAUCCACACAGCCCGGUCCUGCCUCAGCUGUCCCAGCAUGCAUUGCCCCAGCUCGCCACACAAACCCGCAGCAGACAUGCCGAGUCAGACAGCUCCAACCUCAGUCUUCCCCUCUACCCUCUUCGACCCUCCCCUCUCCUCCCCCUCCUCCUCCUCCUCCCCCAAGAGGGCACCUCUGCCCUUCCAUCCUCACCCCCCAACCCUGCAAACCCGUUACCCAAGCAACCGGGGAGUGGGGUUCUCCCUGGCUGAGGUGCAUCAGGAGCUGCAGAUGUUACAAAGGCAGCUGGGAGACAAUGAAAGGUUUUCCACUCCCCAGUCCAAACCUCUCCAGGGUUUCCCGUUCACCCAGCAGCAGCCCGACUCCUCUGCCUUCCCGCCUCUCUCCUACCACGGAUACCAGCCGUCACCUUUCAGCAGCGGCCUGGACGCCAGCUCCGCAUUGAAAGCCGGGGCUAGUCUGCUGGAGAGCAGUGCAUUGUGGGAUAUGAGCUACGGUAACCGGGCAGUGAGACUCGGAGCUGACCUGUCUUCGGGAUCCUCGGGGUACCAAUCAGGCACCAGCAACACAGGUUCAGACCUGAUGAAGGAGCAUCUGAGAGAGAUCAGGAGUCUGAGACAGAGACUGGAGGACUCCAUCCAGACCAACGACCGCCUCCGACAGCAGCUGGAGGAGAGACUGGCUCGCACCGCCACUGAGAAAGGUGCUCCUACUAACAUCUACAUCCAGGGUCUGGACUCGGCCGGCCAGCUCUCCAGUGAGAUCAGACUUCUGAAGGAGGAGAACGUCAGUCUGCAGAGCCAGCUGAAGCAGGCGGCCAGAGAGGGAACCAAGGAGGCGGAGCAUCUGAAGAAGGCGGAGCUAGAGGCAGAGAGGUGGGCGGAGCAAAGCAGGAAGCUGCAAACAGAGACUGAAGCUCGCAGGCUCGAAAUUACGCAGCUGAAACAGGACAGACAGAAGAACCAGGAAGCCAUCAACAGACUGCAGCAUGAGGUGAGCGUGGUCCAGCAGCAGCUCUGUGAGAGCCGCAGUCUGGUCCUCUCUCUUCAGUGUGAGCUGCAGGUGCAGCGCCAAGCGUGUGGAGUCACCGCAAACACACACGCAGCAGGUCAGGCCAGUAAAGAAGCCAAACUUGGACACAGCGCUGCACCCUUUGACCCCAGAGAGCUGCACGUUCAGCUGGAGCAGCAGCUGAGCGGACAGGCCGACACACAGCCUCCAUCCAGGAGACAGCUCUUCAACGAAAGCGUCCCGUCCCCGCCUGUGAGAGACACCGGACUCGUCAGUCCUUCCUCUCCUCUUCAUGCUGCGCAGAAACAUGCAGCAGAAACCGGAGCAGCCUCCACCCUGCAGGCUCAAGCCCCAGACGGCUCAUUCGCCAACCGUCAUGGCGGCCAUGCAGUGGGCCACAUUGAUGACUUCAAGGCUCUGCAGCAGCAGAUCCUGCAGGGCGGCGCUCUCCUCCGCAAGAUGGAGACCGCCCUAUAUUCCCUGAGUGGCCCACAGGAGUUCAGCCUUCAUCAGCCUUCAGGCUCGGGAUCCUUCAGGAAGCUGCUGUCUGACACCAAAAGCCUGCAACAGAUCCUGGAGGAGGCCGACUCGCUGCUCCGGAUGUUCUGGAGAGCAGCUCUGCCAAACUACGAGGAAACCAAACAGGAUCCGUCUCUGAGGGGUGAGGUCGUCUCUCUCCGUCUGAGGCUCUCAGAGCAAGAGCAGGCUCUCAAGGACGCCAUGGAGAGAGUCAAGAGCUCCAACCGCACCAAAGAUAGCAUGGAGCACUUUAUAGUCAACCAACUGUCGAGAACACGGGACGUGUUGAGUAAAGCAAAGACAAACUUACAGGAGAACCAGCUCAGGAUUUCCUCCCUCCGCCAUGCCUCUUCCUCCCCCUCCCCUUCCCCCUCAUCCUCCUCUUUUCCCUCCCCCUCUUCUUCCUCUUUCUCACCCUCCUCUUCUCCCUCACACCCCUGGCCUGGUAAAGGUGAAAACACAGGAGGUUUCUGUGAGCUCGCCUUCUCUCCUGGUUGGAGUGUCAUGAAGCCUCGGACUUCCUCCUCCUCCUCCUCCUCCUCCUCCUCCUCCUCCUUCUCCUCUUCCUCUGCUGUCCCGGGAUGGGCUCAGCUCCAGCGCCCCCUGCAGUCAGCCUUCCUGUAGUGCAUCAUUUAAUUGUUCAAACUGAUGGAAAAUGAUGGAGAUUCUGUCUCUCUUAUUGUCUGGAGAAACCUUUCAGUUGCGUGCCAUCUGUCUGUCGGAGUGUGUUGUUAGAGUCCUGCAGGUUCAUAAUACUUUAUGAAUGAUGAAUGAUUGUGAUUGUUUUAUGAUUGGUUGAGGCCACCUCUCAUUUAUAUGAGACCAGACUGAG